AUGUUACCAGAAGAAGAAGAAUAUUUACAAUUAGAAAAAGAAAUCAAAUUGGAUGAUAUUGAUUUUUCAGAUUUAGAAGAAAAAUAUAAUUUUGAAAUUACAUUAGAUAAUUAUAUUUUAGUUGAUGGAGCACCAAUUGCACCAGAAUCAAAAGUGCCAAUUUUAAUCAAAGUUUUAAAAAAAUUAUUUUCAUCAGUUGGUGAAAUUGAUGAAAAUGGUGAAAUUAAGGAUGGUAUCUAUAUGCCAUUAGAAAAUGGAAAAUCAAAAGGUUAUUUAUUUAUUCAAUAUAAAUCAAAUGAAUCAGCAGAAUUAGCUGUGAAAAAAUUGAAUGGUAAAAAAUUAGAUCAAAAUCAUAGAUUAUUAGUUAAUAAAUUAUCUGAUAUUGAAAACUUACCAGAAGAUAAAGAAUUUAAUGAACCUGAAAUCGAACCUUUUAAAUCUGUUGGAUAUCUUAAUGAUUGGUUAGUAGAUUCACAAGGUAGAGAUCAAAUUGUGUUACAUUUUAAUGAAAAUGUAGGAGUAUAUUGGAAUAAAAAAUCAAAUGAACCAGAACCUGUAAUUGAACCAAGAAAAGGUUUUACUUCAAAAUAUUCAAAAUUUUCCCCCAAAGGUACUUAUUUAUUCUCAAUUCAUCCUCAAGGUGUUCAAUCAUGGGGUGGUAAGGAUUUCAAAUCAAUUAAAAGAUUUUUCCAUAAUCAAGUCAGAUUAAUUGAUUUUUCACCAAAUGAAAAUUAUAUGGUUACCUUAUCACCAAUUCCAAUUACAUUACCUGAUUCAAUUCAUGAAAGACAACAAUUUCCAUUUGGAAAAGAAUCUGAAGGUCAUAAAUUAGUUAUAUGGGAUAUGAAUAAUGGUGAACCAGUUAGAACAUUUGCAUUACCACCACAUUUAGAACAUCAAAAAGAAAUGCCAUGGCCAUUGGUAAAAUGGUCAUUUGAUGAUAAAUAUUGUGCAAGACAAGGACCAGAUGCUUUAGCAAUUUAUGAAACUCCAUCUUUCAACUUACUUGAUAAGAAACUUGUCAAAAUUGAUGGAAUUCAAGAUUUUGAAUGGGCUCCAAGUUCAGUACCAUUACAAAAUUCAAAACAAAUUGAACAUGUUUUAUCUUAUUGGACUCCAGAAAGUAGUAAUCAAACUGCUAGAGUUGCAUUAAUGUCAGUUCCAUCAAAAGAAAUUUUAAGAACUGUUAAUUUAUUUCAAGUUUCAGAUUGUAAAAUGCAUUGGCAAGAUCAAUCUAAAUUAUUGUGUGUUAAAGUAGAUAGACAUACAAAAUCUGGUAAAACUAUAUUUUCCAAUCUUGAAUUUUUUAAAACUACUGAAAAGGAUAUACCAGUUGAAAAAAUUGAAUUAAAAGAUGUAGUUGUAAAUUUUGCAUUUGAACCAAAUAGUGAUAAAUUUAUAACAAUUUCAAGAUUAGAUGAUGGGAAUCCAAAUCCAGCUAUCCCUAAAAAUACAAUCACAUUUUGGGCAAAAGAAACUAAAGGAAAUAAAACAAAUGGGAAGUAUAAAGCUUAUAAGGAGAUCGAAAAUAAACAUUCAAAUACUAUUGUUUGGUCUCCAAAGGGUAAAUAUGUAAUUAUAGCUACAGUUUCUAGAUCUUCAGGUGAAUUGGAAUUUUUUGAUUUCUUAUUUGAUGAUGAAAUAUUAAGUAAAAAUAAGAAUCUCCCAGCUAAUGUUAAAUUAUUAAGGACUGAAAAGUUUUCAGGAAUGACAAAUUUAUCAUGGGAUCCAAGUGGUAGAUUUUUAGCAUGUUGGUCUUCUUCAUGGUUACAUUUAAUUGAGAAUGGUUAUAAAAUUUACGAAUUUACUGGUAAUUUAUUAAGAGAUGAUUCAAUUGAUCAAUUUAAAGAAUUUAUAUGGAGACCAAGACCAGAAUCAUUAUUGAGUAACUCUGAUAAGAAGAAAGUUAGAUCAAAUCUCAAGGAAUAUUCUGCUCAAUUUGAAGAAAUUGAUGUUAUGGAAGCUGAUGCUGCUGUUAAAGAAGCAAUACUUGCAAGAAGAAAACAAUUGGAAGAUUGGAGAAAAUAUAGAUCUAAAUUUCAUGAAAUCAAUAAGGCUAAAAAUGAUGAAGCGAUUGAAGAAACAAUUGAAGAAAUAAAAGAAGAAAUUAUUGAAGAAAAAGAAGAAAUAGUAGAAUAA